CCUACCGCCAGGAAGGAAGGCGGUCGUCGCCGGUUCGGGUCGGGGGAACACGCACCACGAUCGAUGGCGUACAGGGCGGAGGACGACUACGACUACCUCUUCAAGGUCGUGCUCAUCGGCGACUCCGGGGUCGGCAAAUCCAACCUGCUCUCCCGCUUCACGCGCAACGAGUUCAGCCUCGAGUCAAAGUCCACCAUCGGGGUCGAGUUCGCAACCAGGAGCAUCAGGGUCGACGACAAGGUCGUCAAGGCGCAGAUCUGGGACACCGCGGGGCAGGAGAGAUAUCGGGCAAUUACAAGUGCGUACUAUCGAGGGGCUGUUGGCGCGCUUGUCGUGUAUGAUGUGACACGCCAUGUGACCUUUGAGAAUGUGGAGAGGUGGUUGAAGGAGCUCCGGGAUCACACAGACGCAAACAUUGUUAUCAUGCUUGUCGGCAACAAGGCUGAUUUGCGCCACCUUAGGGCUGUAUCAGUGGAGGAUGCCAAGGCCUUCGCUGAGAGGGAAAGCACCUACUUUAUGGAAACAUCUGCGUUGGAGGCCAUGAAUGUUGAGAACGCCUUCACUGAGGUUCUAACUCAGAUCUAUCGUGUGGUCAGUAAGAAGGCCCUCGACAUAGGUGAUGACCCUGCUGCUCCGCCAAGAGGGCAAACCAUCAAUGUCGGUGGCAAGGAUGAUGUCUCUGCUGUGAAGAAGGCAGGGUGCUGUUCAUCCUAAAUUCGUUUUGCUCGUGAAGAGGGACCAUAUGCUCACCUGAUUAUAUGAUGGGAACUUCA